UAUUCUGUCUUUGUGGAGUUGCUCGCACUCGCAGGUGUUGGAUUGAAUCCUCUGAAAGUCUUCUAUUGAAGAUCAAAGGCCUCCUUCAUCAAGGCUGAACCUCAGAGAAUCUUAAUUUGUAAGCCAGUCCAAUAAUCAAUAAGUUGAAAACUCUGCAGUAAAUUCACGACGCUAGGGUUUCGUAUAUCAAAGUAACUAAGUUAUCAGUUAUUACGUAUAUAAGUACUGCUCAUUGUGUAGGGUUCUUUUCAGCCGCAAUGUCGAAGAUGCAUAUGCCAUGAUUGUUCAGAUUCUGAUUCUCUGAAGUUUUUGGAGCUUUCUUGUGCUUGUGAGCGUCUGACGAUUUUUAUUGUAUAUCUGCUUGCAGUUUAUGGAUCAUAAUGGUCUCACUGAUGAGAAGAGUGAAAGCAGACUUUAUAUUGGAAAUCUUGACCUGAAGAUAACAGAGGCUGCUCUGAUUAAGAUGUUUUCUCCAUAUGGGAAGAUUGUAGCUGAGGAUUUUCUCUGGCAUACUCGUGGGCCAAAGCGUGGAGAACCACGAGGCUUUGCAUUUAUUCAGUUUAGCACCAAAGAGGAAGCAGAAUUGGCCAAGGAGAAGAUGCAUGGGAGACUAGCUUGUGGGCGCCCUUUGGUUGUUCGUCUAGCAAGUGAGAAGUACUUGGAAGAAACAACACAAAACUCUUCGAAAGCGGCAUGUGAUGCGAACAAAUCAGGCAUUAUUGGUGGUGGUGGACAGAUGACCAGGAGUGCUAAGAUAGCUGCUAUCAAGAACAAAUUGAAGGCAUUGGAAGAAGAGAGUUGUGGUGCAAAGAAGCAGAAACACGCUGAAGGCACCUCUUGUAACAGUAAUCUUGACCAUCCACUGAGCAAAAGAUAAGAUUCAAAGUCCCUGAGAAAAUAUUUUGAGUGGGAGAAGAUUCAAUCUCCCAUCAGAUGUAGUCACAACUACAUCAGAACUGAAGUCACUAAUUUGCACAACCUUGAUGUUACAACAUUUUGAUAAGAAGUUCAGUUGAGUUUCCUUAUUAACAUUAGUGUAUCACAAUGCAUUUAGUAGCGUGAAAUUAGUGUGGCAAAAACCUUGGACUAAUGUGUAAAUUAUGUUAUAAUGUUUGCCUACCCACUAUCCCAUGGAUCACUUCAUGUUUAAGCAGAAGUGGCAUUCUACUUCAUUUUUUC